UGUCGCUCCCCGGUGCCCGCUGCCACCCGCGGGGCCGGACGGGGCAGACCCUGCGCCUGCGUGCCCUCUGCCCCCGCGCCGGGUGCGCCUCGGUGCCAUGAGCCAGAGCCCCGCGUUCGGGGCGGGGGGCGCGGCGCGGCGACAGCCAGGACUACCUGCUCAUGGACUCGGAGCCCGGCGAUGACGGCGGCCAGCGGCCCGCGCUGCCCGCCUACGGCUACUACCCCUUCUAUCGGGCCACCGACAACAGACUGACUCACCGGCGGCAGACGAUUCUCAGGGAGAAGGGCAGAAGGUUGGCCAACCGGGGGCCAGCGUACAUGUUUAAUGACCACUCCACCAGCCUAUCUAUUGAAGAGGAGCGCUUUUUAGAUGCAGCUGAGUAUGGCAACAUCCCCGUGGUGAGGAAGAUGCUGGAAGAAUGCCUCUCACUCAACGUCAACUGUGUGGAUUACAUGGGCCAGAAUGCUCUUCAGUUGGCAGUGGCCAAUGAGCAUCUGGAAAUCACAGAACUUCUGCUAAAGAAAGAAAAUCUCUCUCGUGUUGGGGAUGCCUUACUUCUAGCUAUUAGCAAAGGUUAUGUUCGGAUCGUGGAAGCAAUUCUCAGCCAUCCGGCUUUUGCUGAAGGCAAGAGGUUAGCAACAAGCCCCAGCCAGUCUGAGCUCCAACAAGAUGAUUUUUAUGCCUACGAUGAAGAUGGGACACGCUUCUCCCAUGACGUGACACCCAUUAUUUUAGCUUCUCACUGCCAGGAGUACGAAAUUGUGCACACCCUCUUGAGGAAGGGUGCACGAAUUGAGCGUCCUCAUGAUUACUUCUGUAAGUGCAGCGAAUGCAACCAGAAACAGAAGCACGACUCCUUUAGCCACUCCAGGUCUAGGAUAAAUGCCUACAAAGGCCUGGCAAGUCCAGCUUAUCUGUCAUUGAGUAGCGAAGACCCAGUCAUGACAGCUUUAGAACUUAGCAAUGAGCUGGCAGUACUGGCAAAUAUUGAGAAGGAAUUCAAGAAUGACUACAAAAAACUGUCAAUGCAAUGCAAAGAUUUUGUUGUCGGUCUCCUCGAUCUGUGCAGAAAUACUGAAGAAGUAGAAGCCAUCCUGAAUGGGGAUGUGGAAACGUGUCCCAGCGGAGCAGAUCAGAGCCGGCCAAACCUCAGCCGCUUGAAACUCGCCAUUAAAUAUGAAGUGAAAAAAUUUGUGGCUCAUCCGAACUGUCAACAGCAGCUUCUGUCCAUCUGGUACGAGAACCUGUCCGGGCUGCGGCAGCAGACAAUGGCUGUCAAGUUCCUCGUGGUCCUCGCGGUGGCCAUCGGGCUACCCUUCCUGGCGCUCGUGUACUGGUUUGCUCCGUGCAGCAAGAUGGGGAAGAUAAUGCGUGGACCGUUCAUGAAGUUUGUAGCACAUGCGGCCUCCUUCACCAUCUUUCUGGGACUGCUAGUCAUGAAUGCAGCUGACAGAUUCGAAGGCACCAAACUCCUUCCUAAUGAAACCAGCUCAGAUCAUGCAAAACAGCUGUUCAGGAUGAAAACAUCCUGCUUCUCAUGGAUGGAGAUGCUCAUUAUAUCCUGGGUAAUAGGCAUGAUAUGGGCUGAAUGUAAAGAAAUUUGGACUCAAGGACCCAAAGAAUACUUGUUUGAGUUGUGGAAUAUGCUUGACUUCGGCAUGCUAGCAAUCUUUGCAGCAUCGUUUAUUGCAAGAUUCAUGGCGUUCUGGCAUGCUUCCAGAGCCCAGAGCAUCAUUGAUGCCAACGAUACUUUAAAGGACUUAACAAAAGUCACAUUGGGAGAUAAUGUGAAAUACUACAAUUUAGCCAGGAUAAAGUGGGACCCCUCUGAUCCUCAAAUUAUAUCUGAAGGUCUCUAUGCAAUUGCCGUGGUUUUAAGUUUCUCCAGAAUAGCUUAUAUUUUACCAGCAAAUGAAAGCUUUGGACCUCUGCAGAUAUCACUGGGAAGAACAGUAAAAGAUAUCUUCAAAUUUAUGGUCAUAUUCAUCAUGGUAUUUGUGGCCUUUAUGAUCGGGAUGUUCAAUCUCUACUCAUACUACAUUGGUGCAAAAGAAAAUGAAGCUUUCACAACGGUUGAGGAGAGUUUUAAGACAUUGUUCUGGGCAAUAUUUGGACUUUCUGAAGUGAAAUCAGUGGUCAUCAAAAACAAUCACAAAUUCAUUGAAAACAUCGGUUAUGUUCUGUAUGGAGUCUAUAAUGUUACAAUGGUCAUCGUUUUGCUAAAUAUGUUAAUUGCAAUGAUCAACAGCUCAUUUCAGGAAAUUGAGGAUGAUGCCGAUGUGGAGUGGAAAUUUGCCAGGGCUAAACUUUGGUUUUCCUACUUCGAGGAGGGAAGGACCUUGCCUGUCCCCUUUAACUUGGUGCCAAGUCCAAAGUCUCUGUUUUAUCUCUUACUGAGACUUAAAAAAUGGGUUUUGGAGUUGUUCCAGGGUCAUAAAAAAGGUUUCCAGGAGGAUGCAGAGAUGAACAAGAGAAAUGAAGAAAAGAAAUUUGGAAUUUUUGGAAGUAACGAAGCCCUUUCAAAAUUGUCCCUGGACAAAAAACAGCUUGGGCACAGUAAACAGUCAAGUAUAAGGAGUUCAGAAGAUUUCCAGUUAAAUAGUUUCAAUAAUCCUCCAAGACAAUAUCAGAAAAUAAUGAAGAGGCUCAUUAAAAGAUAUGUACUAAAAGCCCAGAUAGAUAAGGAGAGUGAUGAAGUAAAUGAAGGGGAACUGAAGGAGAUCAAACAGGACAUCUCCAGUCUCCGCUAUGAACUCCUUGAAGAAAAGACUCAGAAUUCAGAAGAUUUAGCAGAUCUUAUCAGAAAACUUGGGGAGAAACUCUCAGGGGAAGCAAAACAGGAGGAAAGCAAGAGAUAAUGUAAAGACUUCCCUAAAAUUUCACCUAUCUUCGCCAGAAACCAUAUAUUUGAGUUUGUUUUAAAAGUGUCAGUGUGACUGCAUUUUAGGCCAG